AUGGUUGCAAAGAACAUUCUUUUCACGCUCGCGUGCGCUGCUGCAGUCGCUGCAACUCCCGCUCCGUCAAAGGACAAGCCUCCCAAGGUCCCCAAGGAGUGUGCUACUUUCGACUAUGAAAAGCUCAGCCUUCGUGAGGUUGGUGCCAGGAACACUCUUGACUGGCGUAUCUGGCUCGAGCUGAACGGAGAGGUCAUCUCCUUCUGGCACGAUGUUCCCAUCUACCCCGACGAGAAGAACAAAAACGUCGUUUCCAUGGUCGUCGAGAUCCCCCGCUGGACAGACGCGAAGAUUGAGACUCGUCGCCCAGAGCCUUUCAACCCGAUUUUCCACGACGACAAGAAGGAGAAGCCUCGUUUCGUCGAGAGCGUCUGGCCCCACAAGAGCUACCCCUUCUUGUACGGCUCGAUCCCCCAGACCUGGGAGAAUCCCAACGUGAAGCACAACUUCACCAACUUCGUCGGCGACAAGGACCCCAUGGACGUCAUCGAUAUCAGCGAGACCAACGGAUACGUUGGCCAGGUUAGGAAGGUCAAGGUGCUCGGCGGCAUCGCCAUGGCCGACAGCGAGGAGACGGACUGGAAGGUCCUCGCCAUUGACGUGAACGACCCUCUCGCUCCCCUCGUCAACGACUUCAAGGACCUCGAGAAGUACCGUCCCAACCUGACUCAGCAGGUCUACGACUGGUUCACCUACUACAAGGUGCCCCGCGGAGACCCCGUCAACCCCAUCAUCGGCGACAAAUGGCAAGACGCCAGCUUCAUCGUCGAGACCAUCGAGGAGAGCAACAGGUACUGGCAGGAUCUCGUCAGCGGAAAGGAGGACCCAGGAAAGAUCAGGAUCGAGCAGACCAGCAACCCUGACCUCAAGAGCUGGGUGAGCUGCAAGGACGCACACAAGAAGUACGACGUCCCCAAGAAGAGCAAGGUCAAGGACGCGGCUCCCAGGCCCGAGCAGUACGACCACUGGUACUACCUCGAUGCAAACAAGAACUUGAUCCAGCUCCCGGCUAGCUCGUAG